AUGAGCUAUGAGACCCUCAAUGAGAACGGAAACCUCGGUUCUUCGGCCAUUCUGCUUGUGCUCGAGAAAGUGUUCAACACCACGGACGCCGAGGAGGUGAUGUUUCUGGCAUUUGGCCCGGGUGUGACCGUGGAGUGGGGUAUGUUUCAGCGUCGCCCAACCGAAGAGGUAGAACAAGUCGCUGGCGGAAACUAA